AUGUUCUGUCACAGAACUGGAUCUCAUAAGCCAGAUAGCGAGCUCAUUGGCCGCUUUCAAAAGCUCUGUGGGAAAUCAUUUUUCAAUGAGGGCACCACCAAUAACAAACUUGAAUCAGGAAACCCUUUUACUGAUGCAGACAAUAAUAUGACACCUUCAGAAGGAGCCUGUAAGAAGGCGAAGGGAAGCCUUGAAUUACCCGACCCUUCCUUCUCAUUCGACGGGACUGCGCCUGAACAGUGUCUAGCACCUGAAAGCCACAGUCUCGACUUUUAUGCAUCGCAAUUAGAUGCCCCUACAACAUUCAAUGACUUGGUAGAGGGGUGUCAACCUUCCAAGAACAUCUCUCAAGAAAAUCUUAAAUCUAUUUUGGGCUCGCAAACGAGAGAUCAAUUCGGAGAUCGGGCCAACUCAAGCUCACUGGAUGUUAUCAAUCCCGCGGUGACCUGGAACAGUAUGGAUUCCUUUUCCACGCAAGGCGCAUAUGCACCGAAUCAGUUCCCCCAGCCAAGUUCUGAUUUCGAAAGUAUGGGACUCCCAGCUGAGCCGCUUAAUUACAAUCGUAUUUCGAGUGACGAGCUUUCAUGGAACCCAACGGAAAGUAACCACUCAGUGAGUGGCAGCCGCGUCAACUCACAAAAUACUAUGUCCUUCCCUGAACAGAACCAGUUCCGUUAUACCACCACUCUCCUAGCCUCCACUGCUAUGGUUGAUGAUUCGCGCGAGGCGGCUGUGUCAUAUCUUAACAAAGGUCAGGUGUACCAUCUCAGGGUGGUAGACACAAUGCCAUCUGUGGUAUAUAACGCCGAAUCUACUCAGUACCGAACCUUUAUUCGGAUUUCAUUCGGUGAAGAACAGCAACGAUCUGACCCAGCUGCCUAUUGGCAAUUAUGGAAAUCAGCGCGAGGGCUAAAUGAGUCAAAAAAGAGGGACUUUAAACUCAACGCUGUUGAAUACGUGGGCGAUAAUAAUCCCUCUAUGCACGUUGAGCCAGUCUCCCAUGAUGGAUUUUCUGUUACCUGGACUGGCAAGCCGGCCGACAGGAUACCCCAAUGCAGUAUCCCAGUGCGAUUCAACUUCUUAUCUACCGACUUUACACUUUCGAAAGGGGUGAAAGGAAUUCAGGUCAGGCUAUGCGCCAAGACAAAGCAACUCGGCGAACCGGGCAUUCAAGAACCAGAAAUCUGUUUCUGCAAUGUGAAGCUCUUCCGCGACCAUGGCGCCGAGCGAAAACUAUCCAAUGACGCUGCGAGUAUCCGGAAAAGAAUGGAAAAGCUGCAGCUGCAAAUGAAAGAUCCCGCGCCACCCGAAUGUUUAAACAAGAGAAAGCGAGGCAGCGUUUCCGCAAAGUCCAACCCGGAUUUCAGUCACUCGAUGAAUAACCUCCAACGUCAAGGCGAUAUGUCAAUAAAUCUUGACAAUUCUCCCCGGCAAGCAAACUUCCAGCAGCAACUGCAGAAGAGACUAGACGCCCUCGAACGAUGCCUCUACUCUAGCCAUCCCGAAAGUUUUCUAAAUCUUCGUGGCGGGCCUCAAGAUGAUCCCGAAUUGUAUCCGUCUCCUUCACUAAACGCAGAUGAUGACCCGCUGAAAAGGGCCUCUAUAGACUGCAGGGGCUCAUCAAAUGAUGACGCUUCGUCUGUCAAAUCAGAUUUAGCCGGAUUCAAUGAGAUGGACACGCCAAGCUCCAGGAGUAGUCUGCGGGAAUCAGCGACCCAUGAAGUAUCACCAGUAUUAUUGAAACCAAGUCAUUCCAGUAAUAUGCCAGCCGCAUGCUUCUACAUUCGAGUUAUCACAAACAACCAGUCUCCGAGUGAGCACUAUCGCGCGUUAUAUCUUAAAUCACGAACGGUUCAAGAUCUAACGAUGAAAAUUUCGGAAAAAGUUCCUGCCAAACAAAGUCUAAAGAUUUCUAGCAUUCUACAUAAAAAUGAAGCUGGGCUCAAAAUUGUGGUGGAUGAUGAGUUUGUGCAAGAGAUGGCCGAAGGACAGAGCAUGGCUGUCAGAAUUGUUGAGACUCCCGAGAAUUGCCUUGAUGCUAGCAACACAUCAAAUAGCAUUCAACGUGAAAUUUGGUUGGAGUAUUAG